AAGCAAAACAGAAACAAAACCAAAUAGAACGUAGAGAGAGAAAGAGUGAAGGAGAGCGUCCUUACUCUCCUCUCGUCACCAUUAGCGGAGCUUCGAAGUCUCUGAAACGCUUGCUCUCCUCCUCUGAGAUGGGUUCUCGCCACGAGAAAGAUAAGGCCGUCAACGUUCAGGUGCUCCUACGUUGCAGACCAUUCAACGAUGACGAGCUGAGGAGCAAUGCGCCGCAGGUCGUGACCUGCAACGAGUACCAGAGAGAGGUCGCCGUCUCGCAGACCAUCGCAGGGAAGCAAAUUGAUAGGGUUUUUACGUUCGACAAGGUCUUUGGUCCCUCAGCUAAGCAGAAAGAUCUUUAUGACCAAGCAGUGGUUCCAAUUGUAAAUGAGGUCUUAGAGGGUUUCAAUUGUACUAUAUUUGCUUAUGGUCAAACUGGCACAGGAAAAACUUAUACAAUGGAAGGUGAAUGCAGGAGAGCUAAGAGUGGGCCUAAAGGGCAGUUACCUGCAGAUGCAGGUGUCAUACCAAGAGCUGUCAAACAGAUUUUUGACACAUUAGAAAGUCAAAAUGCUGAAUACAGUGUCAAGGUUACUUUUCUAGAGUUGUAUAAUGAGGAAAUCACUGAUUUGCUUGCACCAGAAGAGUUAUCCAAAAUUGCUAUGGAGGACAGGCAGAAAAAGCCAUUACCUCUCAUGGAGGAUGGUAAAGGAGGUGUGCUGGUAAGAGGCCUAGAGGAAGAAAUAGUAACAAGUGCAGAUGAAAUCUUUUCUCUUCUAGAAAGGGGGUCUGCAAAACGUCGUACUGCAGAGACUUUACUAAACAAACAAUCCAGUCGGUCACAUUCUUUAUUUUCUAUUACCAUUCACAUCAAAGAGGCAACUCCAGAAGGUGAAGAGCUGAUCAAAUGUGGGAAACUAAAUUUGGUUGACCUUGCUGGAUCAGAAAAUAUUUCUCGUUCAGGUGCCAGGGAGGGUCGUGCAAGAGAAGCUGGAGAGAUAAACAAAAGCUUACUUACUCUGGGCCGUGUUAUUACUGCUCUUGUCGAACAUCUAGGACAUAUCCCCUACAGGGACAGCAAGCUGACACGUUUACUUCGUGAUUCACUGGGUGGAAGAACUAAGACAUGCAUAAUUGCUACUGUAUCACCAUCUGUACACUGUCUUGAGGAAACCCUUAGUACACUAGACUAUGCUCAUAGGGCAAAGAACAUAAAGAACAGGCCUGAGGUAAACCAAAAAAUGAUGAAAUCUACAUUAAUUAAAGAUCUCUAUGGAGAAAUUGAGCGUCUUAAAGCAGAGGUGUAUGCUGCUCGUGAGAAAGUUGGAGUUUACAUACCAAAAGAACGAUACUACCAAGAGGAGAGUGAAAGAAAGGCAAUGACAGAACAAAUUGAGCAAAUGGGGGUCUUGCUAGACAACAAUCAAAAGCAUAUCGAGGAUCUGCAAGAAAAGUAUAAUGCUCAGCUUCAACAGUCUUCUGACCUGAGCAAAAAGCUUGAUGCAACUGAGAAAAGUUUGGAGUAUAGCAGUAAGUUAUUGGCUACUGCUAGAGAUGAUCUGACGCUAGCUCAAUACACUAUGAAGGAGAAAGACUUUAUUAUAUCAGAGCAAAGGAAAGCAGAAAAUGCUUUGGCGCAUCAAGCCUGUGUUCUGAGAUCUGACUUGGAAAAAUCUACACGUGAUAAUGCUUCAUUAUUUUCUAAAAUAGCUAGAGAAGACAAAUUGAAUGCUGCCAACAGAUCUAUAGUGAACAAUUUUCAAGCUGAUCUUGCAGCAAAGAUUGGAACACUUUGUAAUACUGUUGUUGCAGCCUUGGAUCGACAAAAUAAACACCUUUGGUCUGUCGAGAAACUAUGUCAAUCUAGUCUUGAUUUCCAUGAUAAGGCAAUAUCAGAAGUGAAAAGGAAAGUGUUAUCUUCAAGAGCUUUGUACAUUUCACAUAUAGAAGCGGUACAAAAUGUAGUGCGCUUGCAUAAGGCAAGUAGCAAUGCCAGCCUAGAAGAGAUGUCAUCUAUGAUUUCUACCAAUAGCUGCUCUCUUUAUCAGUUACUUGCUUUUGGGGAGGGAGAAGCGGAUCAGAUUUUUGGUGAUCUGCAAAGGAUAUUGUCAAAUCACCGGGGAGAGAUUGCGCAUUUCACUCAGGAACUUCGUGAGAAGUUUCAACUUAGUUCAGAUCGGACAAAGGAAAUGUCCAAAUUUAUUCUUGGGCUGCUUGAUAGGAUAAGAGAGGAAACAAAAGAGUUUCAGAAUGACUCAACUUUGGUACAUGAGGCUCAAGUGAAGAGCAUUGCCGAGUUUCGAAAGGCAUAUGAGGUAAAUAGUUUGCAAUAUGUUGUGAUCCAGUACUGCAAAUUUGGCUUAAUAGAUCAUCUAAUAGUUGAAAAAUAUAAGCAGGAGCAAUCUAGAUCUGAAGAAGAGAAACUUUUAACAGACAUUACCAAUUUGGUGUCCAGUCACAUGCGUCGACAAAAAGAGUUGGUGGAUGUGAGGCUCUCUGGACUGGGAGAUGCUGCUCAAAAUAGCAAACUAAUUCUGGAUAACCAUGCAUCGUCAAUGGACAUUGUCACAACUGAUGCCAAAAGGAAGUGGGAAGAAUUUUCUAAGCAGGCGGAGCAAGAUUCAAAAGAUGGUUCUAACAUUUCUGCAGCAAAACAUUGUCGCAUGGAACUCCUGCUCCAACAAUGUACAAACACUGUCGAUGCUGCUUCUCAACAAUGGAAGAAGACACAUGCAUCUGUUGGUGAGAUGAGCAGCAAUCAUGUUGCCGAAAUGGAAGCACUUGUAAGGAGUGCCAUUGAGAGCAAUGAACAACAUGACAUGGAGGUUGCUUCAGCAAGAACAGCAGCAGAAGAAGAUGUAGCCAAAAAUAGCAUGGAAGUUCUUCAGCAUUUUGACAGUGUGAUGGAUCAUGAGCGCAACUCAGCAUCUGCCAUGAUGGAAGCAGUGGAAGACCACUCAGCAACCCUGCAGAAACUGCAAGAGGAGCACUCAAGCCAGGCAACAGAUAUUAACAGACAUGCAGAGGGCACAUUCCAAAACAAUUAUAUGGACUAUGAGCCAACUGGAGAAACCCCUGUAAGGUCGGAACCAGAUGUACCAAGCAAAGGAACGAUCGAAUCCCUUCGAGCCAUGCCGAUGGAGGUGCUCCUCGAAGAGUUCAGGGAGAACCAUCCAUAUGAGUCUGCCAAGGAGCACAAACCAUCUCUCAUACCCCGUUCUCCACUCGUCCAGCUCAACUGAUGGAUGCUUCUUUAACCAUCUCUUGGGAGUUCUCUAUUUCGUUUCAUGUACUGUAAUCUUAUCUACUGGUAUAAUUGAGAGCCAGGGAGGGAGCUAACUUAGCUCCCCAUGCUAUCCAUUUGUACUAUGAUGCAUGGAAGAAAAAGAAAGAAAAAGAGUGCAAUAUUUUGUGACUGUAGGCAUUUCGCCGAACAGUGAAUAGUUGUAUAACAAGGAGCAUUGAUUCUUGACGAAAACAAGAGAGGUGCUUCCAAAAUUUCCAUGGCUGCAAUUAGGCAAGAUAGAGGUGGCUCCUGAAUGGUGGUGCAGGGUUGGUGACUGGGGAUGAAAUGCUGCAAGUUUGUUCAGGCUUUUGUUUUGCUAUACUAGAGCAUCAAGGCAUGUGUUAUCCAUGUUGUCCAUGUACUGAUGCAAGAUACAGAACUAUUUACAAGCAACCAAUAUGAAGGGGUUAAGUGUUUGAGAGGAACCAAAGUCAAAUAAGGAGCGCACCUACUCAAUGAGACUGUUUAUUUGGCGAAACCUUAUCAAUUGCUUUGUAAGACUGUAUCAGGGGGGGGGCAAAAUCUAGUGCUGACAUUUACAGAGUUGCAAAAGCACCACAAAAUUUACAUGGU